UGUGCUAGGAGACCACAAGAAGCAAUACCCUAGGUUGAAAGACUAUGCUCAGACAGUGAUGGAUACAAACCCUGGGAGUAGAGUAGUAGUCACUACUGUAACUCCAACACCCACUGAAAAAAUCCCCCAUCCAGGUCCAAGAUUCCAUGCUAUGUUCUAUUGCAUCAAUGGAGCAAGGGAGGGGUUUCUCAAGGGGUGCAGACCAUUCAUUGGUGUUGAUGGGUGCUUCAUUAAGUUAACUACUGGUGCUCAACUACUUGCUGCCACUGGUAGAGAUGGCAACAACAAUAUAUACCCACUAGCAUUUGGUAUUGUUGGGCAAGAGGACACACCUAACUGGUGUUGGUUUCUACACCAACUUAAAAUCUGCCUAGGAGGAGAAGUGGGAAGGUUUGGUCCAUAUACAAUAAUGUCAGAUAGACAAAAGGGCCUACUAAAUGCAGUGAAUGCUGUCUUUCCUAAGUGCAACCAAAGGUUCUGCCUUAGGCAUAUCUAUGCAAACUUCCAAAAUGCUGGGUUUAGGGGGGAAGAUCUGAAAAAGUGUAUGGAUAAUGCUGCCUAUGCAUAUAGUGAACACAAAUUUAACAUUGCAAUGAAUGACCUUAGAGCUGAGUGUGAGCAAGCUUGGGAGUGGCUUUGUCAAAUACCCAAGAAAACAUGAGCAAGGCAUGCAUUUGACACAAACUGCAAGACUGACCUUGUAGUUAACAAUUUAUCUGAGGUGUUCAACAAGUAUGUCCUAGAUGUUAGGAAGAAACCAAUUAGGACAAUGUGUGAUGGA